AGGCAGGCUAGGGGGAGGUGGUUAAAGAUGCGCUCUCUCACUGCCUCUGUUUGGUCUCUACAGACACACAUCGGUGCUGGCUGUUCAUUAUGAAUGCUGUUCAUAAUCGAUGAUAAUUCAUCGUGCACGGCUCGUUUAUUUCGUGCAUUUUUUUUUAAUUUUUACAUGUUAUGAUGCUUCAGGGCGUGCAUUUGAAUCGCUGCAUGGUCGCGGGCGCAGUGCAGUUCCGAUUAUUUUUAUUGUUAUGUUGUUGUUGUUUACAUCUCUCUUUAAGAUGCGCUGCACAUGGCGAGGACAUAAAUACGGAUAAACGUUGUCAUAGAGACUCGUCUCGCAUCCAUGACAACCCGGAGCACUUUAUCACUUAUCCAAAGUGGAUCAGCCCAGCCAGAUACAAAAGAUCUCAUGAGGGCUCUAAGCAUCCAUCUGAGGCAGAGGUCAAAAUUACUGCGGGAGAAGAUCUGAUUCUACAGCUCCAGAGAAAUGAGGAGCUGUUCUCCUCUGAAUAUCAGGAAAUAUGGUACAAUCCGAAUGGAGACCGUCAGUUAUCCAGGCCUUCCAACAGGGAUCACUGUUAUUAUCAUGGGUCAGUCAAAGGGAUCCAGGGGUCAAGUUUGGUCAUCAGCACCUGUGCUGGACUCAGGGGCAUGAUAACAGUCAAUAACAGCGUGAGCUACAUGAUCGAACCGCUAGCUAACCAAACACACUCUCAGGGACAUGUCGUUUUCAACGCUCAGAGUCUGAAACUGCCAGUGGGCACCUGCGGACACUACCAUGGAGAGGGGAAUCACUCGGAAAGCCUUCAAGAGCUGAUUGAUGUCAUGGCAAAGCCUCAGCAGACCAAUAGGGGAAGAAGGGAUGUCAGCAGCAGCAUGAAAUACGUGGAGCUGAUGGUGGUGGCCGACCAUGCAGAGUUUGUGAAGCACGGUCGGGACCUUGAAAGGACCAAAACAAAGCUGCUUGAAGCAGCUAACUUUGUGGAUAAGUAUUACAAAUCACUGAACAUCCGUGUGGCUCUGAUCCAGUUGGAGAUCUGGAAUGAUCAAGACAAGAUCACUGUGACCAACAACCCCUACAGCACCCUGGGUGCGUUUCUGUCCUGGAGGAGGAAACAGCUGCCACAGCUGCCCAAUGACAACACUCAGCUAGUAACGUCAGUCCCGCUUAUCCAAUUCUCUGGCAUUAUUUUAAGAAAAGCAGAUUGUAUUGUAAAUGAGUACAGUUUGAUCUGUUUGUUUUCUCACACUCUUGACCAGCUGAAGAGUCCAGGAGCGAUGUGCCGUCCACCUUCAGGCUCCUGUGACCUGCCUGAGUACUGUGAUGGGAAAUCAGAGUCCUGUCCUGCUAACUUUUACCUGGUGGAUGGCAGCAGUUGUGCGGGUGGCAGUGCCUACUGUUACACAGGAAUUUGCCUGACGCUGGCGCAGCAGUGCCUCUCUCUCUGGGGCAAAGAUGCCUGUCCUGCUCCUGAUCUUUGCUUUACUGAGGUAAAUAAAGCAGGUGAUCCCUAUGGAAACUGUGGCAGUUUCAUGGGUACAUACAGGAAAUGCACUGAAAGGAAUGCUAAAUGUGGGAAGAUUCAGUGUCUGAGCACUGCCAGCAAGCCUUUAGAAUCCAAUGCCGUCGCCAUAGACACCAACAUCCGGAAUGGUCAACAGAAGAUCCUGUGCAGAGGGACUCAUGUGUACCAGCGCGGUCAGGGUAAUGAGGAGCAGAGUGACACCUUAGACCCAGGCCUGGUUCAGACUGGGACCAAAUGUGGGGAGAACGCGAUCUGUUUUGAAGGGGAAUGCCGCAAUGCGUCCUUCCUGCAAGCCGAUGAAUGCAGUGCCAAAUGUCAUGGCCACGGCCUUUGUAAUAAUAACCACAACUGUCAUUGUAACUCGGGUUGGGCACCACCGUUUUGUGAAGCGUUGGGUUCAGGAGGAAGUUUGGACAGUGGGCCUAUGAUCACACACAGCAACCUUUAUCUUGUUCUGGCUCUCCUGAUUCUGUUUUUCCUUCUGGGAUUGGCUGUCCUUGGUGUCUAUUGGUGCCGCUGCAGACAGAAGCGCCUUUCCACCAAAAGCCCCACCCUUCCUGCUACCCAAAUAUGCAUCAAUGUUCCAGACACCCCUGACACUAAAAGUCACACCACGGGUCACGCCAACCCAGUGUUCCUGCCAAAGAAAUCUCAUGCUGAUGAACAGGCCAGUCCUCGAGCGAGUCCUACAGGUCCACCCAGAUCCAGACAUUCUGUCGUUCAACCCACUGUGAAACCACCUCAAAUCCCAGCCUACACUGCACACAAGCAGAGUUUACAGCAUUCAGAGUCACCCCAGCCAUCUCCAUCAGCACCCCCCAAAACAAGACCGCUACCACCCAACAGACCCCCUCCACCCCGUCCCAUAACCAAACCCUCCCAGCCUGCUGAGAUGCUGCCUAAGAAUGGCGUGCCAGUGUUACCAGCCAUGUUGCAGAAAGGGAAAUCCAAUCUGAUGCCCCCUUCUGGGCCUUUUCAAAAUGUCAGGUUCCAAAGGGAAGUUUCUGGAAAGAGCUUAGUUGCAGUGAAGCCUAUUGGAGCGCUGUAUUGAUCAACUCUGCACCUUUAAGAUGUCCUUAAGAGUGACCAAUCAAACUGUCUCACUCAUAGUGAUGCCCGCCUUAUUGACUUUAACACAGAAUGAAGGAUACCUUCCAACUUUUUUCAGGGGGUGCCGUUCCACUACUCCUGUGCCAUAUGUUGCAUUUGCUUUUUUAUGUCUAUUUAUUACAGAGACCUCAGAGAAAAGAAAAACAAAAAACUAGGAAGUAUGGCAUUAUAAUCCAAUAAGAGCAUGGGUCAUCUGAAAGAAUAUCUUGCACCGAGAAUAUGAAAUGUAAAUUUUUGCACGCAGUAGUAAAACAUUGUAAGUAAGUGCAUUAUAUACAUAGAAUGAACUGGAAAAUUGGAGCAGAUUUGUCUAGUCUUGAACUAACUUGCACUGUCAGUCCAAUUUAGUUCAGUACUAUGGAUAAUCUGUACUCAGGAAAUAGCUCUGGAAAGGGAUAUAUAAAAAAAGAUAAAAUAUUGUUUUCAUAGCAAUAAUAAUUCAAAUACUCAUAUGAAUUGUAUAGCACUGGGUUAAAUUCUGUGUAGUCAUAUAAUAUGUAUAGUAUGUACUGUAUAAGAAGUUAAAAAAAUAGUCUGUCUUGAAGGGUGUUUGCGAUGAUGGUGGACAAGAAAGGGUUAAAAUCACAUAUGGUGCUUUGUUUUUGAAAUCUUAAAUGAGAGAAACAAAUAUUCUCUAACUACCUUUUUAGAUAACGCUUGACUAAAUGUUCUGUUUAAUACGGGCAUUAACCAAGGAAUGUAUUUAGGUUUAAAGGACCUAUAAACAUCUAAAUCUGUACCUUACGUUUUUUUUUCCUUUGGUUGUCAGUUAUUUGGGGGGAAAAAAUCUCUGGACAAUUCAUUAUAAUUUCUCCUUUCAUAAUGUUUUAUGACCUACUAUGACCAAUGUACUGGUUUUCUGUCAGAUUUCUCAUGUUGUAGUUAAACGUAUUUAUUCAUACUGUUAAAUUUUAAAAUGCAAUGAUGCCUUAAAUUUGGGUUUACAUGAAUGUUAUUUUAUUGAUAAUAAUGUUUAUCAUGGAAGUGUGGAUGUAUUGUGGAUGUAAAGGUGGCUUGAUAAUGCACACUGCAUAGGAAGUCAGAAAAAGUCACUGUCAUUUUUUAUUUGGCUUAAUUUUAGUUUCUUUAUUAAAAAAUAAAAAUGUUGUCCUAUGCAAAAUGCUGUAAUACUGUGCCUUC